UUGUGUGCUAUUCGUCGUCUGCAAUUCUGCAUCAAAUGCAUUAAAGGGCAAGUGACAGCUCGUUGUUGACAGUCGCGAGAAAACCUUGCUCCUGAUUCGGGAAAAUCACUUGCAUUAUCGGUUUUCAGUAUUAAUAUAGUGAUGAGCUCUAUUCAUCGGAGUAACUAUUGUGUUAAAUCAGUGCAAUAUUAAAAUGUGAAAGUGAUAGAGGAGUGGUUGCAAACGGGAAAACAGUCCCGGGGAUUCAACAACAACGAAUAAUCCUUGCAGCGACCGAAUGCAACGCAACUCUAUACUACAUCAUUCAAGUUGAAAUAAAAAAGUUUUUUUUUCGUCCAAAUUGGUCUUUCAGAACCGGACCAUUCAGUAACGGUUCCAUAUUGAUCAAAUCUUGAUAUUAUCAAUUUUUCACAAUGACCAUCAGUCAUCGGGGAAAUUGUGUUCAUAAAGUAAGUGUAGAGUUAUAAAGUGAAAAUAUAAUACAGAGAAACAAAAAAAAAGUGAAUCAAUUCGAAGGGGCUCUGCUCGUCCUCCGGGGUUCAGCUGAAAAUAAUUAGAAAGAGGAUAUUAUUGAUUUAAAGUUUCUUUGGCUCUUUCAUGAAAUUUAGCUUAUGGCUCGAAAACAUUGUGGAGUAACGAAUCAGCUGAUCAAACAGCGUUUGGUGAAUUAGAUUCGCCUCCAAGUUCCAAAGCUGCAAUUAAAUCUCCAUCAUCAUAUAAAUGUAGAACUCAGAAACUGAAUUACUAAAAUCAAUGUUUAUUUCUGACUCCCGUGGAAGGACGUGCAAGUGCCAGUUAUAUAGUAUUUUAAAAGAAAUCAAAACUCGGAGAAAUUUGAUUUUUAUUUUUGAGAAUUAUUAAAAUUCAGUGACUCAUUUUUGGUAUGGAAAAUUAUUUUUUUUUUUUAAUAUAGUGCACUAAAAAGUGAAUCAGGAAACAAAAAACAACAGAGCAACCAGGAAUCAAGACUCAUAUAAUUCGGCAUGAUCUGUGGUGGAAUUAAAAGUUCGUUAGAAACAUUGGGCGGGGAGGUAUGGAAGCUGAAGCUGGUCGUCUGGCUCACCAGGGGUUGCAGCUUACUCUGUCAUCCCCGGGAAUCCCAGGACUUGAAGUCGUGAGAGCCUUGCACCAGACAGUGAUAUCUCUACGUUCAGCAUUGGAUUCAUCUCGAGAAGAAUUACGUCGACUAAAAGAGGAUUUUGGCGAAUUUUCCGCUGAAAAUUACGCAAACGUGGUGGAAAGACUCGCUUUGGAAAAUCACAUAUUACGACGAAAGAUACUGAGUAGGAGCGAUUUUUCCAGUGAUGCUGCAACCAGCUCUCCACCCCCUGCUGUAAUGAUCAAACAUCCAACAGAGCCAGGGACAUCAACUAACGUCAUGGACACUAUCGAGGAUGAAACUGUUGUCGAUGGACCAAACGAGUCGACAACAACACCACAAGAAAUCACACCAGAUGAGCCACAACAACCGGAAUCAACAAUUCCAAAAGUCACCAAAGAAUCAUGUGGCGAUGAUAAUGAUUCCGUGGAUGGCGAGAAAAUUGCCAAUGAUCCAGAAAAAAUACAGAAAAAUUCCAUCACUGAUCAUUUAGACGUGCCGGAUAAAGAAUUAGAGGAUCUUAGUUUAAAAUCCGCAUCGGAUGGCGAUAAUUCUGUGUUCACUGAUAAUCCAGAGAAUCAACAACCUGAAGCAAAACCAAAUGAAUCGGAAAAUGAAUCAGAAGAAUUGGAUGAUAUUGAAUUAAUAUUUACGACUGACGAGACAGCUGGCAGGGAUGUUGAACUUCAGGAGGAUUUAGUGUCGAUCACAGAAAAUGAACCUUGGCAACAAAAUUCGGGACAACCGGUACUAUUGAAAUAUACAAAAUCAGCUGAAGGUGAAUCAUUGGUUUGUAAUGGUGAUAAAACAAGUUCAGUUGAGGAAGCAAUGUCGUCGCAAAGCUCAAGUAUCGAUCGUGAAGAGAGUGUUGAUCGUUUUGAUGAAAGUUCUAGUACAAGAUUAAAUAAAAUUUGGUCACAAUGCUCAGUGCUUGUUGAGACGGAUAUCAGUAAAUGUGGUGUUCUUGAGGAAACUGAUUUACCUUCAAGGCAUGGAGUUAGACGAAAUACACUUGCCGCUCCACCGACAGCUUAUCGACCGAUUAUUCAUAGAGAAGCGCUUGCGACGGGUCGCAGGAAAAGUUCAGCUCCUUUACGACCUGUGAUGGAUCGAAAUUGUGGCGCAAGACGAGAGUCGGGUGCACAAACUGAUAUUUCAGCGCUUCCGGCACAAUGGAGAUCGGAAAGUUAUCUUGCACACAAAGUGGCUCAUACUUUUACGACUUUGCCGAGUAAGUUUGCACUUCCGGCCGGUAUGCCCGGAAGACUUAGAGUUAAUGACAAGACACGAGAAGCAAGAAGAGUGAUGCUCUCGGACAUCAGCUUCACCAGCAUGGUCCCGGAAUUGUCGAGAAGCGCCGAUCAUCUCUGUCAUGAUCCUCAUGUUCAGUCGUGUUAUAAUGCACGGGGCUGCGGUCUUCGUACACCGGAAGUGAUACGUCGUGAAUCUCUGGGAUCACCAGCAGGAUAUUGGCCGCGUUGCAAUCCAGGAACAGGACUUCCGAGUCCCUGUGAUUGUCGUAUAUCGACGGAUUUAUAUCCAAGUCGUUAUCGUGGCUCAUUGACGUCAAUUCCAUCGCCAGGAUUGGAAGUUGUUGGUGGACCAUCGCGAAGACAUUCGUGGCGUGCAACAGCCGCUUCUUUUGAUACGUGGCGAAUUCCAGUUGCAACAUCAACACCACGUCCCACUUGGUCAUCAAUGCCGUCUUCACCCACACAUGUACAUCCACCACCGCCCAUUGCUAGAAUUUCAAAAACAAUUCCCAAAAGGACACGAUCCAAAGUCACGUUUCAAGAUUGUCCAAUGACGAGAGGAAGUUUGCCAAAUUUGCGAACUGAUUUGGAUAUGAGUGGCGAUUCAACCGAGUCUUUAAUUGACGAGGCAGAAGAUUACUUGAGAAGAAGUAUCGAUUCAAUGCUAACUAUAUCCACUGCGGAGUAUUGGAAUAAACAGCCAGCGAGACGAAGAAGAGCUCGACGACACUCGGAGCCCGAUCUCUUUCGUGAAUGGAAUCCUCCACAGGAUGCCCGACCUUAUCUGCCAAAGAUACCUCGAGAUCUCAAGCUGGAUCAUCUUGUAAAAGUAAUAUCUCCUGAGGGAAAAGUUUUACAAGGUAGAGUUCGAUAUGUGGGACCUGUUCCUGGACGAGAGGACAUUCAUGUUGGUGUUGAACUUCCAAAUGAAAACGGAUCAUCAGAUGGCACCUUCCAUGGAAGAAGAUUCUUCAUUUGUGAGCCAUAUCGAGCUGUUUUCGUUCCAUUCAAGAAAGUUAUAUUGGGCUGGUGCAUCAAUACCUGACCCGAAAUUACCUCGAGCGAGUUGACAACUAUUUCCUCGUCAAAUACGACUACGACGAUGACUACGACGACGACAACCACCACCACAACUCCGCCACCACGAAUCCUCUUGUCUCAAUUCACAAUGUGAGGAUCGAUAAAGGUACUGUAUCGAAUAGUCUUUGAUUCGCGUGAUUUCAAUCUAUUACGAACAAAUCGAGGAAACUCAUAAACACUACAUUCUAUUUUCAAUAUAAAAACCAAAAUCCAAAGAUAGCUAAAAAUAUUAUACCGAGGACUUUUAAAGAUGAAUUUCCAAUAAAAAAAAAUGAAGGAAAAACUUUUUUUUUAAACUAAAAAGUUUGAUGAAAUUUUUUGAAUAAUUGAAAAGAAAAAUUAAAAACAAUUUUAAAGUAUUUUCGGUCCGGUGAAAAAUCUCUCUCAAUAAAAAUUCUUAAUAGCCUUCUUGGGAGUAGUUGCGAAUUUUUUGAGAAAUCAGUUCGAUUAUUAUAAUUAUUGUCUAAAGGAAUUUCUCCUUUUUAUGUCUCAUGAUAAAUAUUGAGGAAAAUUUAAUUUAAAAAUAAAUUCUCCAAUGUGAUGUUCGAUUUUACUCGAUGGCAAUUGUAUAAUCGGAAAUUUAUGAUUUUUGACUAAAUGAUAAAUCAAAUCUAUUAAUUAGAUUCUUUAUCCGUCAAAUGAAUGUUGUGCAAAGAAAUAUUAAAUGGUAUUUGAGAAUCCGGACACGAUUUUAUCCAUAGUGUUUUUUUUUACGGAUUUCGCUGUUUCAUUUCAAAUUAAUUAUUUUUAAUAACCAAUAAUAUUAAUUAUCUUCAAUUAAUACUAAAUUUUUAUUUAUUUAUUUUUACUUUAAUUUACUAAAUUUGAAUUUCGAAAACCAAUUUUCGGGGCAGAAAGAGAUAAAUAAUUUUUGAAAAGAGGAAUUGAAACUUAUUUGCAGAUAAUUAAUUUGAUUUGAAACUUUAUAGUUUGCAAUAAGUUCUCGAGAGCGAAAUCCAGGAUCUAGUCAUGACGGAUAAAUAAAAUUCGAUAGACAGACACGCGCAAUACGUGUCCGCGAAUUUAUUCUAUGUGAAAAAAAAGUUUUCAGUCCCGCUUACAAGAAAAAAAAAUUAAAAAAUAGAUAAAAAAAAGUCAGGUUUUCAAUUUUUCUGGGCUAUAAAAAAAUGAUGUAAUUUAAUGUACGUAAUUAUCUAUAUAUGUGUAUAGCAAGAUUUAUGGAGCUGUAUUUAUGUAAUUAUAUGUACCUAUUUUUGCGAUGAGCGCACUCUACUGUCGCAAUUCACUUUUCUAUUUAAGAAUAACGAAAAAUAUGGAAAAAAAAUAAUGAAAAAUCAUAUCGAGAGGCUGUCACGCUGAACAAUUUAAAGAGGCUUUUAAAGUUAGAAAAAAAAGUUCAUUGCUCAAAUUUUUCAUGAAUAGACAUAUAAAUGUACUAUUAGAAAUAAGUCUUUAUAAAAUAUAUUUUUACUCCAAAAAGGUCCGAGCCUCCUAAAAAACAUUUUAAGUAUUUUUUUUCAUAUAUUUAAAGACUUAUUUCUAAUGUCAUUAUAAAAAUGGACGAAAAGGGAAUUUGGAUCUUCUUCCAAAUUAUUUUUUAUUUCCUCCCAUUUUUUAAAUAAUUUAUAAUUCCUUUUUUAGAGACUUUUUAUAUAACUUUUUAAUUUUUUCUAUUUUUUUUUAACUUUUUUUUAAAUUACUUUUUACAGACUUUUUUUAAAUAAUUUUUUUUAUAUAACCUUUGAGCAAUGUUCUUGAGUUUAUAUGCUCGUGCUAAAAUUGAUUUCUCCCCGUUAGAAAGAAAAACACACUCGCGUGUAUAUAAUAUAAUAUGUUAGAAUUUGUACAUAACAUACGGAAACAGCUAGGAACCAAGACAUUUAAUCACACUCAGUGAAAAAUUGAAAAAAAAUGAUAUAAACGUGUGCUGACUAGAUUUGAACUGCAAUAUUAUUUCUAGAUUAGGUUUUGAUUUAUUUUUUUUAUCAUUUCGGUACAAUUACGUAUACGUGCCUUAAUUAAAAAACGUCAUAACUCUUUUUCUUUAUUCAAAGCCAGUUAAAAUAUUUUUAAAAAUUUAUUUUUUUUAUUUGUAGGCUUUAUAUUUUAUUUUGUGAAAUUUUAAUUUUUUGUUUUCAUUGCGAAUAAAAAUUUAGAAAAUUGUUAAUUUUUUUUGUUUAUUUGUAUUUUACGAUUCAAGUAUUAUUAUAUUAUUAAUUAUUUCAAAAAUAAUUAAUUACUUUUAAUUGAUUUUAACUCGAGUUUUAAUUGUAUUUUCAACUCAAAUUAGAUUUGACUUCGAGAUGCAAGUAAUUAAAAUUAUUUUGUGAGAAAAUUUUCAUUUUUGGAGUUGCGACGUUUUUUCUGUGCGGCAAUUGGUAGUAAUUUGGUUAUUCAGAUAUAUUUUUUAUUUACUUCGCCAUAUUUUGGGAUCUCUUCUACAUUUUGAAAGAUCGUUUAUUAAUGUGCAUAAUAUCGGGGUACCUGCAUUGAUAUGACAAUUAUCAGUAUAAUAUUUACAAUAAAAAAUAAUAAUAUAAUUUGACGACUUACAAAGAGAUGAAAAUACGUUAAAUCCAUGGCUUUAGUAAUUAGUUUGUAGAAAAAUCGUCACCCAGAGCCGAUAAUUAUUUUUAAUUAUUUAAAAUUUUUUGAAUUUAUUUUUUAUUUUUUGAAUCGUCCAGGUGAUGAUUAAAAUCCAGUCGGUUUUCUUUGGGUGUCACUCGAUUUUGGUAUUAGAUCAGUAUUUUAUUUCCAACGUACUUGAUUAUUUUUUAAUUUCACACAAUUAUUUUUAAUAUUUAAAAUAAUUUUAGUUUUAAGAAAUAACAUUUUCGAAGAAGGCUGUACCUGCAUUAAAGAUUUUUUUAUUUUGCAUAAGCUUCCUAUCGAUACAUUUAUCGCUGGGUAACUUUAAAUUAGAUAUUUAUGAUUUUUAAAAUCGUCAGUAAAAUAAGUAAAAAAGAAUUUAAUUUUUUUUCGACUGAAUUACAUUUAAGAAAAAAUUUUAUUUAUUUAAAAAAUUUAAUUAAUUUGGAGUCAAUUUGUUUUAUAAGGAAAAGUUACCCAGUAUUUGAUAUUACAAAAAAUUAUGUUUAUUUUUCUAUUUUUAAUGCCAUUUUAGUACAACAACAAUUUUAUUAUUAUUAUAAAUAUAUAUUUAAUUUUAAGACUCUAGGGCGUUAUUAUAUUAUUAGAAAUAUGUGAUCUUGCAGAAGACAGUUAUAAAAAUAAUAUUUUUUUUAUUGAUACGUCUUACCGGUGAUACGAUCCCAAUUUUUUUAUUAUUAAUUAACAAAGACUUCUCUUGAAUCUCUUGACUCGUAUACGAUUUCAUUUUAAAUACAGUAUUAAAAACUAAAGCAGAGUCCAUUAGGUAAAUUUUAUUCAAGAUUCAAAUAAAAUUUUUCAGUUUUGCAAUGAAAAUUGUUUCUCAACUGAAAUUGAUUAUUAAUAAUUAUAUAAUUAAUAAUAAUAAGUGAUAAUAAAACUUCUUCUUUUUUAUUAUUAAUUGUAUAAUUAUUAUUUAUAACACCAGAAAGUACAUUUUUUAUUAUAAUUAUCAAUAUAUUUAAAAAUUGAAUAAACAAAACGUGUGUAAUUUACAAUAUGUCUUCGACCAAAAUAUAGAAUUUAGGAAUCUUUUCCGAAACUUAAUUAUUAACUUAAAAAAAAAAUUUCAUUCUCUUGCCUUUGCAAAUUAAAUCCCGAGUAUAUAUAUAUAAAUGGACAUUAUUUUAGAACAGACUUAGGUACACAAUAUAUUUUUAUGUAAACCUGACGUUCGAUCAAUUUCCGAUAAAGUUUCGUAAAUAAUGGUACAGCGAACAUGACGCGCAAAAAUAUUUCCACGUUCUCGUUUUUUCUACAUUUUUCAGAAAUACCUACACAAAAUAUCUUUUUUUUAAAUUAAAAUUUUAUAUUUAUUUAUUUAUUGUUUUGUUGACGAAAAUUCUAAUUUUAUUAAAUUAGAGCAUAAAUUAUUUAUAAAAAAAAUAAUAAGACAUAAAUUAUUCUCUGUAUAAAAAAAUGAUCUAAACGCAAAGUUAUAUUAGGCGUUAAAACUUAAAUGAAAAACUUAUAGUUCUUAGGCGGUAUUGAUCUCUGUAAUAUAUCAAUUAUUAUUAUAUUAAUUAAAUAAGCGUUUCGACGACUUGUAGAUAAUCUUCGAAUUCGAAGUUGAAGAAAUUGAAAAAUUUAUCCCGAUAAAAAAACAACAAAUGUAAUUAAACUCGAUUGUUUUCAAAUCGAAUAGUGAAUUUAAAAAAAAAGAAAAAAGCUUAUACACGUCUUUUGCUUGGAAAUGGCCAAGUUAAAUAAUAUAAAAAUUAGAAAAAAGUGAAAAUACGUGAAUUUACGAUACUUAACUAAAAAAAAAAGAAAAAUUAAUUAUAUUGAUUAUAAAUUGCAAUAGCAAUCGAUAUAUUUAGCCACAAAAAAACGAUUCUUCCAAACCUAAAGUGUUUUAAUGUAAAAAAAAAUCAUAUAGAAUAAAAAAAAGAAUCCAAACAGAAAAGUGGAGCUUUAUCCAAAUAAAGAAUUGUGAAUCAAAUCGUUUAUUGGAGAAAAGGGUUUUGAAAUAUUAAGAAAAAUGUUGAUAUUUAUAUGUAAAAGUUGUGUUAUAAAGGAUUGAAAAAAAAAAUUUAUUCCAUGUGAGGGAAAUAAAUUUUCCCGUUUGUGAUUUUUUUCUAUUUUGUUUUUUUAUGGUAUUAUUUCACAAUUAUGAUGAGAAUUGCGUGUCAAGAAUGUUAUCGUUGUACCUAAAGUAUAAAUGUUAACAUAAAAAAAAGUACCACUGUUCCGCUGCUAUUUAUUGUAUUGUAAACGACGGGUAUUUGAUGAUCCACAAUAAAGAAAAUUGCUUUGA